AUGCAUCCAGAACAAGUGCCAACAGGAUCUCUGCAUGCAGGUCAAGUAGGAUAUGUAAUAUGCAAUAUGAAAGCAACAGCAGAAGCACAUAUUGGAUAUACAUUUUACCAUGUCAAAAGUCCUGUCGAUCCUUUACCAGGGUUUGAACCUGCAAAGCCGAUGGUAUUCGCAGGUAUAUUCCCCAUAGAUACUAAUGAAUUCAAUAAGCUAGAUGAAUCUAUUGCAAAAUUAACAUUGAACGAUGCUAGUGUGUCGGUUCAGAAAGAGACUAGUACGGCAUUGGGACAAGGCUGGCGCAUUGGAUUUUUAGGAACAUUACAUAUGGAUGUUUUUCAACAAAGACUAGAGGAAGAAUAUGAUGCUAAUGUUAUCAUCACUCAACCAACUGUACCUUAUAAAAUAAUUUAUCGAGAUGGUACAUCAAAAUUAAUCCGCAAUCCAUCGGAGUUUCCUGAACCAAAUGAAAUGUCACAUAAAAUAAUUGAAUUACAAGAACCAAUGGUUAUGGUGACAGUUAUUGCUCCGGAGGAAUAUAUAGGUUCAAUAAUGGAUCUUUGUGGUUCUCGUAGGGGCGAACAGUUAGAAUAUAAUUAUUUAGACGAGUCACGAGUUAUUAUGAGAUAUUCUAUGCCAUUAGCUGAAAUUGUAACAGAUUUUCAUGAUGAUUUGAAAUCACGAUCGAGUGGUUAUGCGAGUUUUGAUUAUGAAGAUAUGGGAUAUCAACCGUCUGAUAUUGUGAAGAUGAAUGUCCUGAUAAACAAAAAGCCAGUAGACGCACUUGCAGCUAUUUUACACCGCUCUCAAGUAUCAUUUGUUGGAAGAGAAUGGGCCAAGAAGUUGAGUGAAGUUAUACCCAAGUAA